CUUACAUCCAAGGCUGAGAUACUGGAGUGCAACGGGUACGUUUAUUUGGAACCAAUCAAAAUAUUUCCUACCGAUCAGUUUGUUGUAGUGGGAAGGGCUGGCACGGAAAAUGCGUUAACAGAGGAAACUGCCAGUAACGUGUCCAGCCAGGCUGACCCGACCACUACGACGAAUAUGUGUACUACACCUGGCAAUGCUGGCACAGGAUUUGGGUAUGCUUGGACCUUUAGUGGGCCAGGAACAGAGACCCGUGAAAAUACCCAGAACGAACUGGCCACAAAUAUCAGUUACGCAGUCAACAAUAACCAGGAUCAAGGGUCCAAUCAGAAGAUACAAGUUGACAUUAAGCCUAAGGUUGCCACUACAGCUCAUCGUCGUCCAAUGUUUGGGAUGAACGAAAGUUGUCAACAAACACCUACUACUCAUCAUGGCCAUACCGGCGGAGCGCAUAAUCAAACCACCCAUGGUACUCAUGUUCGUACUAAGAAGCAUCAUGAUGUAUUUUCAUUAACGUGUGACAAAGGGGGAUGCAAUUGCGAUGCGGCACAUCCUACACCUCCACCUUCUUUAUUUCCUAACACUCUAGUUUUUACAACCGACAAACACGCAAUGAGCAAGCACUUUAUGACACCACUUGGACCGUUGCAGUUGACAGCAGAAGAGUGCAAUGAGAUUUUAAUGAAGAGAGCGGCUGCUGCGUCAAAUCAAGCAAAUGCUACGAACAAUGUAGCAACAAGUCAAACAGACAGUACCACUCAUUUUGGUCAUGUUUUGACUCAUGUAAACACAACCCAAAUUGAGACAAAAGUCAAACAGCAACAAGAUAUGGGAAGUCAAGUUCGUGUACCGAAAGAACGUCCAUAUUCCUGUUCGGAGUGUGGGAAGUCUUUUCUUCUCAAACAUCAUCUCACAACACACGCAAGAGUUCAUACAGGAGAACGACCACAUAUCUGUAUUCAUUGUGGCAAGAGUUUUGCGCACAAACAUUGUCUUCACACACAUUUACUACUGCAUAGCGCAGAAAGACCUUAUCAAUGUCGAGAAUGUAAAAAAUCCUUCACAUUAAAACAUCAUCUUGUAACACAUACUCGCGUGCAUACGCGAGAACGACCAUUUGUGUGUCAGGAAUGCGGAAGAGCAUUUCCUCUAAAACGUCAUUUAGUGACACACAGUAAGUUUCACUCAGGAGAGAGACCUUACGUUUGCGAGGAGUGCGGCGAGUCGUUUUCCCAAAAGGAUCAUCUCACAAUGCAUUCACGCUUCCAUGGUAGCUUGCAUCCGUUUGUUUGCCAUGAUUGCGGUGCUACCUUCCAGAGAAAGUUCGAGCUAGUUAAUCACGGCCGAUUACACGGCAGAGUUCCACAUUCGUGUACCGUAUGUGGAAAAGAAUUUCUGCAGAAAAGAACACUUUUAGCGCAUAUGCGUUUGCACACAGGUGAAACACCUUUUGCUUGCACCAUAUGUGGAGAGGCUUUUCCUCGGAAAGCAGAUCUAGUAGCUCACUCCAAGAUCCACAAUAAUAAUGCAAAUACUGACGAAAAGUCUCUCACAUGCAGGGAAUGUGGGCUGGAUUUCGCAAAUAGAGAAGCUUUGAAUUUGCAUCAAAGGUUACAUACCGGUGAUCGGACACUUGUAACAGAUCUUUGUGGGCUAGCAGCUGCCUUCCAGCAAACUCCAGCACAUUUUCUCACUCCAAACACUCCAACAACUCAUCAGAUAAAUGGGCCAAUAGGAACGCCCGGCGUUAGUCAUAUGCACGGCGCGACGCAAACGUCGCCGCCGGUAGGUACAGGACCAAAACCGAAACCACACAUUUGUCCUGAUUGCGGUCGCGGCUUCGCACAAAAGCAUGGUCUGUCGCAGCAUCAGCGACGCCAUACAGACGGCAGCUGUCAUAUAAGAUCGCACGUAUGUGACAAAUGCGGCAAGGCUUUCUUCCAGAAGAAUCAUUUAUUACUACAUCAACGUCAACAUAUGGAUCCGCCACCAAGUAUACUCAGACAACAGCAGAGGCAAGCUGCUCAAGCUGCUGCGCAACAAGCACAACAGCAGCAGCAGCAGCAGCAACAAGCGCAACAGCAGCAGCAACAGGUUCAGCAGCAGCAGCAAGUACAGCAGCAACCGCAACAGCAGCAGCAGCAACCGCAACAGCAACAACAAACAUGCGUCGAUACGAAAACAAUUCAACUGCAGGCAAUACAGCAGCAGGUUCAACAACAGGUCCAGCAACAGGUGCAACAGCAGCAGCAGCAGCAGCAGCAGCAACAACAACAACAGCAGCAGCAGCAGCAACAACAAACGCAACAACAACAAACAUGUUCUGUGGACACUAAAGCAAUACAGUUGAAUGUCACCAUGUGAGACGGUAUAAAGACGAGGGACUGGAAAGUCCUUGAAACAAUAGCACUCGCAAAUGCGCACCCAGCUGCCACCCUCUACACGCACUUCUCAUGUACUAACAAUACACGUUAAAUAUAUAUACUUAUAUCUAGAUUCAAGUACGAAAUAAUCGAUUUUAUUACCAGAGUAUAUAUAAGAGUAUAAAAAGUAUACAGUCUAUAUUCUAAUUAACAUAAGGCUUGUAACAAGAAAAUAGAAAUAACCAUAUAUAUUAGUGUUUUACAUAAUAUACACUUUAUAAAUAUACAAAUAUAAAAAAAAAAUAUAUAUUAUACUCUAGAUAUAUGUAAAAUGAGACUAAAAAAAUUAGUUGCCUUAACGAGAAGGAGAAUUUUAAUGAAUAUAUUAUACUAUCGUGUGGUGAUCAUCAUGUCAUUUACGUUUUAUUUAGUAGGACAUCACUCUUUAUAAGAAAAUAUAUAUUAAAUAAACCAAGAUAAAAAAAAAAAAAGUAAGUUCAUCGUGUAUCGAUGCUUUGUUGUCCUUCUCACUAUAUAUUUGUGCAAUGGUAAUUGAGAGGAGGUGAUCGAACGUGUGUAUGAACUGCGAACGAAUACCAGAAAAGAAAGAGAGGGAGAUUCCAUAAAGAAAAAAACAAACCAAGUUUCGGAAGAGGGUGGCAGGCAUUGCGCAUUUUUAAAAUGUAUGAAGCAUUUUUUUUUCUUUUUAAUGUAGAUCUAUACGGGAUACAAGCAUUUUAGCCUCGCGCGAUUUAUAUUUUUACGUUUAAACAUCACGAGUAAAUUUAACAACUCGUACAAUUUUAGAGAUACGUAAGAGUCCCCGGUUUUAUAUAAGAUCCAAAUAUCUAUAUAUAUAUUAUAUAUAUAUACAUAUAAAUGGAUGUAAAUGUUUUUAAUGAGGAACUAUUGCGAUACGGUGACAUACAAUGUACACAUCAUAUAAACAAAGGAACUAUAUAUAUAUAUAAGCUAAUUAUGUAUAUAUAUGUAAUAACAAAAAAAAAUACAUAUAUAUGUGAUUAGUUUAAAUAUAUUGAACACACAACGUGAAAUAUAUGUUUCCGAAGAGAAGCAUCGUGAAAAAAUUACAAAAAGUUAAAAUGAUCUUAUACAAAAAAGAUUUGUAAACGUUUCUUUUACAGAGGUUUAGAAUUGCAAAAGCUUUUUUACCGGCUUGAAUUAUUAUCUCUGAUCUUCAUUAAAACAUUUUCUCCACGAAUAAAAAAAAAAAAAAAAAAAAACAUAAUGCGCGUCACGUCUCGUGCAGCUACGUGAAAAAUUGCUUAGCGGGCUUUUCUAGAAAGUGCAAAUUUUAAUUUUUUGUCAGCAAAGAAUGUAUUAACUGAUAGAAUAGCUAGAAAAUCGGAAAGAACACGAAAUAAAGGUUUCCUACAUAGUUUUAAUAUCUAUCUCUUUUCUGAAAGCAAAGAACAUCGCUUGUCACACCGGCAAUCUUACGUUACACAUGUUCACACGUACAACGUAAAACAAAUUUCAGUAAUUUGCAAAAAGAUGCAGAUUUUUUUUCCGUAUUUAGGUUUUUGUUGAUUUCUUUUUCGGUGGCAACACAAAAAUUUUGAACAAGUGACAUUUUACCUAUACAUCUUUGUUUUCAGUUAAUGCAUAAUCGAUUUUGUUGCUUCUCUCACUUUUUUGUCUCUUUUUCGGUUUAUAAUUUGACGUUUGCAGAGUAUUAACUGUGUGCUAUAUUACAUAUGUAAGUACAUAUCGUGGGAAUUGUACGAUAUCCGCUGUUUUCAAAACAGCGUCAAUGUUUACAUUGUAUUAGAUUAAUCCGCGAGAUUCGUAAG